CAGUUAGAGCGUCGACAUCAUCAUUUUUGUGUCGUAUCGUAGCUGAUCGGAUCGAGCAAGCGCGUCGCCUUGUUUUCAGUGUUCCUUGUUAAAAAAAUCUCCAAUAAAAAAAAAUCUCAAAAUACCAUUAAAAAAGUGUAUCAACUUCGAAAUAUAUGGCAGUGAAUAAGAAAAGUGUCAAGUGUUCAAUAAAAAAGCAAAGCCAAAAUAAAGGGGCAUAAAAUAGAUGAGGCAUAUUUCAAAUACAUAGAAAUAUUCGAAAGUGAAUAGAAAAUGUUGAAACAUAUUGUAAUGUAUUUAGUCAUUCCCCUAAUCGUCGGCUUUGCCCUGACGAAUGGCGCCAACUAUCACCGGUCUUGGUCGUUAAAUCUACCGGAUAAUAAUUAUCGUGACGUGAGAAAUGUGACCGCGAGAGGCACUCUCAUCUACAAAUACAUCAAGCCCACCGUGUAUCCGACCUCGGCACCGGCACGGAGCAGUCCUACGGAACCCUACAGCUUCUACCAGGACCAAGACGAGGACGAGUGGGACGAGGGUCUGGAGAUGGGGAACCACAAGCGCGUGCCACGGCAUCCGCAUGAUAAUUAUAAUCAAGUGGAUGGCUCGCGCACCGGCUUUGAUGAGGACUAUCCAUCCGAUCAGGCGCCUGGCGGUUGGACGGCACAGAAAGAGCAGGAAUUGGGAACACCCAGUAGGGUGCAGGCCUCCCGACAGGCCUACGAGGAGAAGCAGGAGAUAAAGCAGAGGACAAUCAUCAUAAUGGCCAGAGCUCACAACAAUCGGAUGAACAAAGAAGCCGAAUGCAAAGAGCCCAAGGCUCAAGUCAUUUACAUGAUUGGAGAGACAAAUAUACAGUAUUAUCCUCGAGCCACGAUUCUCCAUCGGUGCGACAGUUCCACUGGUUGUUGUCGGGAUGGGGAGAUCUGUUCCGUGAAAAAAAACGUUACGGUGGAGCUGCCAUUUGUGUUGAAUAAUCGCGGCAAGAUGAUCCCGCUGGUCAAUCACACCGAAUGCGGUUGUGUGCAGAAUGUGAGUCGUCGCAAGCGUAGCACCCAGUGCCAGUGUCCCAAACACUUCAAGGACUUCAGCUGGCGGGGAAAUGUGGUGGGCGAGGUGAUGCUAUACUGCCGCUGCGAUUGCCAUCUCAAUGAUGCGGCGUGCCAGAGGUUAAAGAACGGCGAGGAAGGAUUCGCCAUGAAUGACCGAAUCCGCAUACAGCACCGGGAAAGCAGUCAACCGAUCUGCAACUAUGGCCUCUAUGAUGUGAAAAACGGACGCUGUCCACGUCCGGGCUCGAUGCAUCAGACGAAGCUGCAGACGAAGCUGCAGUGGGGCAAGGGCUAAGCUGGAGCCCUGGCCGCCAGCGAGUGCCGCCGCCAUUGAACGAAAGCAAUCCAGAACUGUGUAUACACUAAAUAUUACUUAUAAAAGAUUACGAUUAAUGCAUAUUUACUAUCUACUAUAUAUUAAACUAUGCGAUGCAGCUAUCCCACUGCAUCUGAUACAAGUUCCGUUCAGAAGUAUUGCAACUAACAUUCAAGUGUACUUAAGUUAUCUCGAUUAAGUUCAUAUCUUAAGCUAUUUACCGUGUGUAUCUGUAUUCAAUUAAACGAUACUUCUAGUCACAGAAA